AUGAGGCGGCAGCAGCAGCGCCGCAACACCACCAAAAACCGCCGCCGAAGCUCGCCUCCGACUCAGAGCGACAACCGCGGCAGGCGGCCUCCCAACACUACCGCCACCGGCACCAGCGCGGCGAGCCCGCAGCAGAGAAAGCAGCCUUCGCCGAGCGACGUGCAGCAGACGGUCCAGCGCAUCAAGCGCUCCGGCGCGAUUGGCGAGGUCGAUGCGCUGGUGGCCACGCUCAAGCGCACGCGCCAAUUCGACCGCUCUGCUGUGAGCGCCGUGCUGCCUCUUUUGGCGCGACAGUGGGAGACGGCCGUCGAGCUGGUCGAGCUCAUGCCUCGCCACGGCCACACGCCCGAUCUGUUUGUGUUCAGCGGCCUGCUCCAGGUGCUGGGCAAGGCUCGCCAACCGGACAAAGCGCUCCACUACUUCGCCGAGAUCGAGCGCAGCGGACUCACACCCGACACCCACUGCUUCAGUGCGCUCAUCGCCGCGCUGGGCACUGCGGGCCGGGUCGACGACGCCGAGCGCCACUUUGCCCAGAUGACCCAGCUGGGCGUGGUGCCCAACGCCCACUGCUUCAGCGCGCUCAUCGCCGCGCUGGGCACUGCGGGCCGGGUCGACGACGCCGAGCGCCACUUUGCCCAGAUGGCCCAGCUGGGCGUGCGCCUCAUCAGCGGUUUUGCAGAGGCAGGACGAGUGGACAAAGCCGAGCACUGGUUCGCCAAGAUCACCACCGUGGGCCGCCUCAAGCCCGACCUCAUCAGCUACAGUGCCCUCAUCCAGGCCAACGAGGUGGCGGCUCGGCCCGACAGGGCUCUCGAGCUUCUGCACGAGAUGACCCACAAGGCCGAAUCCGCCAGGCAGGCCGCGGAGGCUGCCCGACGCGCCGCCGAGGAGUCGAGGCGCGCUGCCGAGGCCCAGCGCCAGGCGGCCGAGGAGGCUCUGGAUGAGGCCGGCCGCAAGGUGGAGGAGGCCGAGGCCUACCUGGCCGAGGUCAAGGCCAAGCCGGGCAAGUGCCACGGCGCCAUCUGGUGGAUGGAGAAGGAGCUCGAGGAGCAGAAGAAGUACCUGCCCUCGUCCAAGGGCGGCGUCGCCAAGCGCGGCUAA